CCUUCUCCUUCCCCUCUCUGCUCUCCCGGUUCUCCAUCUCUCCUCCUCUCGCCUGAGCCGCGCGCGGAGGGGCGGAGGCGCCGCCGGCCGCCGAGACCCCGGCUCGCACCCGCGGCGCCCGGCGAGCAGACGAGCAAGCGAGGUGGACGGCAGCCUCACUUCCCCCUCAAUCGCGCCCUUGCCUCGUGCUCCGCUAGCGUCACCCUCGGGCGGGCGGCGGUCGGUGAGCAGGCCUCAAGGGCGACGCGCCCCCGCCCGGCCUCCUUCCACCGGCCUUCGUCUCGGCUCGAAUUGAACUGGAGGGAAAAAGUUGUUUCUGAAUACUGAUGCAAGAGUUGUGAUAAACUUAGAAACACGGUCGGAAUUAAGGUUGCUAGUAUUAACUCUGUGACACAAAUGAUGCGCAUGAACUGCUAUCUCUUCCUUCUACAUUCAAAGUUCCUUUCAGGGAAGCAUGAAGGUUGAUGAUGGCCCUAGCAGCAGUGGCAGUAGGUGGGCCAAAAUGAUGAGCACAGACUCGUGGAAGUGGUGUUUAGGAUUGAUUUACAUCGUUACUGUUGCGGGUAUAUGGAUUGCUGCAAGCUACAUUGUUCAGUCAGUUGUGGAUGCUGGUGUUUCUCCGUUCUUGAUUACCUACAUAUGCAAUUCUCUCUUUGUGAUUUACAUCCCAAUAGUUGAGGUUGCACGAUACUUUGAGGAUUCUAUCAACAACUUUUGGACAAAGUUGAAAGUCAAGGAUGUUGCAGACCCGCAGCAGUCUACGGAUCUGGAGAGUAUAAAUCUUCUCCAUAGUAGUGAACAGGAGGGCAAUGCAACCUCACCAUCAAGUUUACCUGAAGACAUAUUGGCUUCAGAUACAGUAUUCCCUGGCCAGGAACAGCUAAGUUUAGCAGCUAGCAGCAAAGGGUUGGAUGCAAAAGGGCGCUGGACACGUGCUCGUGUGGCCAGAGUUAGCAUGGUUGUUUGCCCUUUUUGGUUUCUUGCUCAGCUUACGUUCAACCUGUCUCUAAGAUACACCACUGUUACAUCAAAUACAAUAUUGAGCAGCACGUCUAGCCUCUUCACUUUCUUGGUUGCAUUAGUAUUUCUUGGAGAAACAUUCACAUGGUUGAAGCUAGUCAGUGUACUUCUCUGCAUGGGAGGAACAGUUAUUGUUAGCUUGGCAGAUUCAAGUAGUAAUACAGCAAAUUCCAUUGCCACAAAUCCUCUUCUUGGAGACAUCCUUUCUAUUGCUUCAGCUGGCUUAUAUUCUGUUUAUAUCACCUUGAUACGGAAAAAGCUGCCCGAUGAGAAAGAAGGUCAAGGCGAAGUGAGCAUGGCUCAGUUUCUGGGAUUCCUGGGGCUGUUUAAUAUGCUAUUUUUCCUUCCUGUUGCAUUGGUGUUGAAUUUCACCAAGCUGGAGCCGUUCCACAGGUUAACAUGGGAGCAAGUUGGUCUUAUUGUCGGAAAAGGUCUGUUGGAUAAUGUUUUGAGCGAUUACUUGUGGGCAAAAGCAAUCCUCCUCACAACUACAACAGUUGCUACAGCUGGUCUCACAAUCCAAGUUCCAAUUGCUGCCAUUGUGGACACACUGACUGGUCAUGCUCCUCAUCUAUUAGACUAUAUUGGAGCAGCUGCUGUGUUGGUCGGUUUUGCUGGCAUCAACAUUCCAGUAGGUACUCCGCAGGCUUCUCCACAAGAGCAGGAAGCUCCUAUUGUUAGCAUGGUUGAUGACCCAACCCAUUUACCAAGUGAUGAAAACCCUACUGGUGCUGUUUAAUAGGAGUGCCCUGGUUUUGGAGCUCGUUACGAUGUACAAUGAACAAGCAAUGUAUAAGGAUGGUGAGACCGGUAAAGCCAUUAUAAUUGUUUUCCCUUGCCAUGAAAUCACAUCAAAAGAGAUAGACAUGGAUUGAACUUAGAUUAGCAAUUUGGCAUGCCUGCUCUAAAUUUUGAGCAUAUUACACUUGUAAUGCUUGUAACUGAGUCGCCGCAUACGGAUCAAGUGAUUCAAUUGCUAUUUAUAGUUUUUUGGUGUCUGCCUUUCAAGAGGCCAUACACCGUUGUAAUUGCCUGUACAGGGUGAGACAUUGUUAAUUUGCUAUCGAUUAAUAUAAGAAUAUCGUAUGCAAUACUUGUACACACUCAAAAUGUUGUAGCAUUUA